UGUCCUUCUUGUGCUGAGGAUACCAGAACUGCACACAGUGCUCCAAGUGGGGUCCCACGAGAGCAGAGGGGAAAAGAUAAUAGAAUCUUCUAGUAUUUAAUUCUUGGUCAUAAAAAUGGACACAAUAUUUUCUAGAUGCAACAUGAUCAACGUAAAGAAUUCUAAUAUUUAAGAUGUGCAACUUUUUCCUCUGCAGUUAUAAAUAAAAAUUUUAUUUUCCUAAAGUCUGGUUUUAUUUUAAAAGUCAGGUUUAUAAGUAGUUUGGCCCUUGGUAUCACUCAAAUACAGAAACUCACUUAAAUAAAACUUCCAUUAAAAUAAACCAAAUUUUAUCUGAGCAAGAACUUUUGAGAUCUAGCUCCUAAUCUGCACUAUAUGUUGGCAUGUUUCCUUCUUGGAGACAUCAUUUUGCUUUGCUUCCAGCAGUUAACAUUUCUUUUACAGAUAAAAAACAAAACCCUGAUGAGAGACUACAUAUAGCCUAAGGGAUAAGGGAUGGGUGUCUGCUGAAUUGCCAGUGUCUAUUGGAGGGUCACCAUCUUCCACAACUAUGUAUUGCAUUCUGAGACCUUGCAAGAUGCUUAGCAUUUUUAACAUCCUUUGCAAAAUUCUCCAGUUGCAUAAAUCACUCAGUGGGUAUUAAGACUAAAAUGGAUUUAGAACUGUCCUGCAGUCUUCCAGAAAUAACUUUGUACAAGAUGAUGGAUGACUAGGAUGUUCACAAUGUUUACGGAUAGUCCUGUGAGGUGGAAAAGUAUUUCCAUAAAAUAAGAUCAUAGGUAUCUCCAGCAAACACUUACUCUCUUAAUCCUCGCUUAAAUAUCUGCUGCUGACUGCAUCUGGUAGUUUAUCAUUAAAUAGUAUCUUCUCUGUAUAAUGGCUUCUGUAUUUGAUGUUCAGUGCGAACAGGAAUGCACAGGAAUAUUCCUGGAAUCUGAACUUUUCCACAGACUGGGCAGGAUUUCUGGCAUGGCAGAAAGAUUAUAGAAAUUUCACUGUGUGGAGUAACCUGUUUCUGGGAAAUUUCCAUUUCUACCUUUUCCAGUGAGGUUAUUGUUGGGUAGUUAUGAGUACAUACCAGUCACUCACUGUUUGAGAGUGGUGAGUGUGCAAGGCUGUCCUGCUGUCUCCCUGUUUGAAAAACAUACAAUUUCUACACUACUCGAGGUACUUUCAAUACUGUUAUCUUGAGAAUUUUGAAAGAAAAUGUUUGAUGAUGAGCCACAAAAUGCAUAUGAGUUUGGUUUGUAGCUGUAGCUGGUUUCCCACUGCUUUAUUGGUCUUGUAAAUCACUUCUGUUUUAUUCCAAGAAUGAGUAAAAUGGCUCACAACAGUUAGAUGAAACCCUUCCAUUCUGGAAUAGCCUGCCUACAUUCCAUUUUGGAACAGCCUGCACGUUACAGAACAUGCUUCUUAACAUCCAAAAGAGCGAAGAGGCUGUUUUAUAAGUGUUGGUUAUAAAAUAACUUCCAGGCAGCACACUUACAAAACAAGUUGGCUAAGAACUCCAGUAAGCUGCCCCGGGCGGGGCACUGCUGACCUCGAUCUGAGCCCUUUCUCUUCGUCCAGCACAGCCCCGUUAUACCACUGAUGCUCGCCAUGACCCCUGCGCCCUCUGAAACCACCACGUGCAUAACGGCUCAUCCUGAAAACAGCCCACGGUACCCGCGGCUCUUGGUAGUCCGAGUUAGCAUAAAAGGUGCCUUAAUUCCCACUUUAACCAACUACACCUUGCAGAACCUAACGGGCUGUGUUUAUGAAACGGGCGUCUUGUAAAGCACUUGCAUAAUCUGGAGCGCUUUCAGCUGUGACUAGCACUCGGCUGGCGGCAGCCACGCAGCUGCACUCUAUCCACACCUCAGCUCAGGGCGGGCAGAGCUCCAGAAACCCGGCACCUACCCCGAGCUGCACCCCCGGGCUCCCGUACCCUGACACCUCAGGAACGCCGGGAGCAGAGCACCUUUCGGCACCGCCCCACGCACGCGCAGUCAGGACAGCCGGGCCUCCCGGCGACCGCCUGACACCUGCGACCGAGAGCCCUCUGCGUGACUUUCACUCGCUACGUGGCUCCUGACGUCAAGGCGGCGCUGCGCGACGAUUGGAUGCCAGCGUUCCGCGCCCGAAGGUGGUGGUGUCUCGUUGCUGACUGCGCAGGCGCAGCAGCUGCUGGUGGAAGUGCCGGGCCCCGUGGGUACAGGGUUGACGGGGUGUGAGGAGAUCGCGGUAGCGGUGCCCCGGGGUCCUUGCCCCCGUCGCUGCCCGGUACCCGCGGCCAUGAAGAUCUGGACCUCGGAGCAUGUUUUCGACCACCCCUGGGAAACUGUGACAACGGCCGCCAUGCAGAAAUACCCAAAUCCCAUGAACCCCAGUGUGGUUGGUGUCGACGUGCUGGACAGACAUGUUGAUCCUAGUGGAAAGCUGCACAGCUACCGGCUCCUCAGUACAGAAUGGGGAAUACCUUCCAUUGUGAAAUCGCUUAUUGGCACAUGCAGAACAAAGACCUAUGUUCAGGAGCACUCUGUUGUUGACCCGGUGAAAAAAACAAUGGAGCUUAAAUCCAGCAAUAUUUCAUUUACAAAUCUAGUGUCAGUAGAUGAGAGGCUUGUCUAUAAACCACACCCGCAUGACCCUUACAAAACCAUGUUGACACAAGAAGCAAUAAUAUCAGUAAAAGGUGUAAGUCUCAGCAGUUACUUAGAAGGGCUAAUGGCAAACACAAUUUCUUCCAAUGCUAAUAAAGGCCGUGAAGCAUUGGAAUGGGUAAUUAAUAGGCUGAAUGCAGAGAUUGAAGAGUUUGCAGCUUCAGCAAGAGGAACCAUGAGGAGUUCAAUGGCAGCAGCAGCAUUUGUAGAGAAAUGACAGUAAAUAUACCUGUAUUACUAAGGAGGUUUAACAAUCUGAAGCUUCUCUCCAAGCCUAAAUACAUGUAUCCUUUGUUAUUUAAAGGCAUACCUGUGUAUUAGGCAGGUUUAAAAUUUAAUUUGUAGAAAAACUGCAUUCUUACUAAGGAGAUUGAUGGCAAAGCCCAAUUAAUAUAUUGGUUCAGCUGAACCAGAUUUUGGUUACAGAUGAAGAAGUAAUUUCAAGUGUAGUUCCUUAUAUGAACACUAACUUGUAAUGUUCUCAGAUAUGAAAUAGCCUCGUUUAGUGAUGAGGCUGCGUGUGGUGGAAGAGACUGCAUGUUAGGUUAACUUCUGUGAAAUUUUUAUGUGUGCGUAUAACUUAUGGACUACCUCUUUUGGGACCAAGCCCAAAAUUAAGCAGAAUGGUUUGUUCCAUCAUUGUUCUCUUUGUUAAUUCUCUAUAGUUGUGUGAUACAACUUGGUUUAAUAGAAAGUUUAUUACUUGAUGCUUGAAAUACGGAAGAAUGUACAAAAUAUCUUUUGAGAAGCUUUUUAACUUGACUGGUUGAGCUACCAUGGUACUCAAAUUGUUUUGCAGUCAAUAUGGGUAAAACAUACAAAGUGUCUCUUAUCUGUUAAGAUCUAAAUUCUAUUCUAAAGUGCGACAUUAGUGACCUGGGUGUGCCAUAACUGAAAAUAAAAUCCAAUUUGAAACUCCUGUAGUAAGUAUCUCCCUUUCUAAAAGCCUGCUAACUACAGAGAUACAAUAUGCAUAAAAUCUUGCAAGCUGCUAGGAUGUCUAAGAAUAGUAAGUAUUCAUUUCAGAAUUUCAAAGAAACACUUAAAGAUCUAAAAAAUCUUUGUAAAUUUGGCUAAAAAGAUACCUAAACAUAAAAGUAAGUACUAUUAAUGAAUUUUAACAGUAUACUUGUUAAUUUGGUCAUGCUCCAAAAAUAACCUUACAUCAACUGAAUAUUGUGUUGUCCUUUAAAGUGGUUUUUAAGUUCCAGAAGUUCCUUUACCUUCUGAACUAAUUUGCUCAUGAUACAAGGCUUUUUAAAUGAAAACUUUGAGAAUAUAGUGUUCUACAGUUUGUGUUUUUUUUUCUUGGUACUCGUUGUAGAUUCUUGGUACUGUCACCAGUCAUGAGCUGUGGGAGCGUAAAGGUCAGACCCUGACAUCCUCACAUAGUACACCAGCCUGCUAGUAGUCCUCUUGACUCCAGCAGGGGCCGUGAGGAUUCUUCAGUGUGAGGGGAAAAUGGAAGGACGCAGCCCUGAACGAGUUGAUGCUUGUAGUUUGGUGCCAGAGGCUGUUCCUGGAAUUUUGAUUCUAAGCUUGCAAGUGAUUUCAAGACUCUCUUAGUCUUUAAAAACUGUAAUGUCACCUAUCCAGUAUAUUUUAUGUUGCAUGCCAUUUCUGUUAUCAGAAUUCUCUAUUGAAUAGUGUCUGCUAUAUAGAUGAACCAGUGAUUAUUUUAAGUUGUAAACACACAAGAACAUUCUUCUGUAAGAUUUGUGCAGGGGGAAGGAAACAGGUGUGAGUGUGUGUGUAGAAAUAUAACUUUUUUAAAAUAUAACUAUUCUAAAUAUUUUUCUAAAAAGAAAUGGUUUGAGACUCUUACUAAAUUGAAAUCACUAAGCUUUGCCAUGCUUUUAUAGGAGAUUAUUACAACUGAAAUAGCAUUUUAAUUUAAAAGGUAUACGUGAAACUUCUGCAAAACUGUACCAUCAUUUCUGAUAAAAAUACAAUGCUUGAACCUCAUCUGAAAUGUUUAUUUAGCCAUUAGCCCUACUUGGUAGUUUUCCUGAUUUUUCUGCACUAAGGACUGCAUAGUAUGAACUCACAGUUUGCCUUUGCACUGAACAAAAAAAACAACUGUUUAAUCUUGGCAAUCAUUCAACAUCUUGAAAGAUCAUUGUUUUAUUCUAUGUUAUUUAUAUGCCUGCAUUAUCACUCUGCCAGAUAUGUGGCGGUUUUUAAAUAAAACUUUAUCUGAAUUCUG